UUAUAAAGCAUUUAUUUUGUUGUAUAUGGUAGCAAUGUAAAAUACUAAAAACAACUUUUAAAAUAUUUGCGAUUAGUGUUAGAACAAAACAAGAGAGAGAAUAAUUAAAGAACGAGUUUGAUUAGUUUAACCGUUAAGCAAAGACCGCCGCUAUAUAAACAAAGAGAAAACAAAGAGAGAGAGUAAAGAAGAAGAAGAAGAUGGGGCUCCAAGGUCAGCUCAGUGACGUCUCUUCAGAUUCAAUCCCUCUCAUGCUCCUCUCUCUCCUCGCCGUCUUCCUCAGCCGUCUCCGCUCUUUCCUCCACCUUUCCUUCAACUCCAAUCUCCCCGUCGACGACUCCUCAAUCAUCGCCUCGGGACUCGCCAACAUCAUCGUCCUCGCCGAUCAGCUGAGCCUGAACCGUCUCUUCUCGUACCGGUUCGGAGGCGAAGGAGGUUCUUCCGAUUGCGUCGUGUGUCUUUCGAAGCUGCAGGAGGGAGAAGAGGUGAGGAAGCUGGAGUGUCGACACGUGUUCCACAAGCGGUGCUUGGAGGGAUGGCUUCACUGUCUGAAUUUCACAUGUCCUCUUUGUAGAUCUGCUUUGGUCGCUGAUGGUUGUGUCUCUAAAACGGAGCGGCGCGUGGGGAGGGAUUUGAUCUCGUGCUUUGCUACCCACUGAUUUGACGCGUGUGCUCGAGAUCAACGGCGGUGAUUCACCCAUCUUCAAUUGUUCUUUUAUGUAUGUGAUAAUGUCGGGGAAUUAUACAGUGGCUGACUGGUCUAUUAGACCACGCGCGCCCUUAUUUUCUCGAUCUUUUUUUUUUUUUUUGAGUUUUUUUUUUCGCAUGGACUUGUAACCAUAUCUGAAC